AUGCUUGGGUCCCUCAACACUGAUCCUGGCGCUUUCAAACUUGAAUUACGACAAAAGCUAAAAGGCUUGAUUUUCGACGAUCCGUGUGUAUUUUCUGAGAAUAAUCGUACCCCUCAAGCAUAGCUUAGGUAGAACGGCAUUUCUCAGCUCCCUCUUCUCCCCAAAUGCCCCUCACAGCCUUCUCAAUGAUAUUCUCCAUUUUCCCAACCUUGCUCUCGAACUCUCCCUGGACUUUCGUGACUCCAGUCCCAGUCCUCGAAUCGGAAUACCAAAAACAACGCCAAUUCGACAGGCCCUUCCCAACCUCAUUGCGUAUAACUUUCUGAAGCUGUUUAAAUUUAGGAUUAUCCAAAUAUUUUCCCGAUUCCUAGGCCACGGCGAACCAAUUCUUUUCGGCGGAUAUAGUCUGGAAAGAUGUACGCAAAGGCCUCGUUCUCAGAACCGACUGAUAAUGGAUAGUUGGCAGUAUGAAUUUGGUGACGCUAACAGUGAUUCUUGGCUCGAUUACUGUGACGGUUGUCGUUUCGCGUCCGACGGUGGCAGGAGGUAGGAGGGGGGUAAGAGAGGGCAGGUAGCGAGACGAUGCGCAUUUUCGAACCGGGUUCGCGGCGUGGAUUUUUGAUGGUUUCUAACGCAGAUUCGAACCCCUAGGUGCCAUGUCGAUGGGCGGUCAGUGAGUGAGAAUGUGGAGUAUCAUAGCCGAUAGAACUGCCACAGUGGUCAUGUGUUUAAGGAAUUUGCUUCGGGAGAGAUGGAAUAUGUAUUGCGACGCUGAAGCCAGCACUGCAUACCGUGCGAUAUCCGAGCAGAUCGACCGUCUCAAUGAUCGCUGGGUUUGAACUCCCUAGCCAAAAAAAUCUUGCCCCUAGUGCCUCGGUGUUCGGGAUCGAAACUUGGACGAUACUGGUAGCUAUGAGAUCAUGGGCGAGGGAAAGACUACGAUAGCUUGUGAGUGGGUUGUUUCAGUCAGGGUAACAGGUGGCAGCCUGUCUUACGAAGUGAUGAUAGCAAAGCCCCCCUGUUUAUGUAAUUUAUCUGCUAUCCUCAGGGUUAGGGGAACAAGCAGGUCAUCUUUGAUAGACUCUGGUUUCUGGAAACCGCAUUCCGAAAGUACCCAAAGCAAAGCCUCCGACAAAACACUCGAAUCGAAACCAAUCCUCCCCCAAUCACUCACGAUGGUUGCUGCCUGGAAAGCUGCUGGCCUUACGUACGCUCACCCUUAUGGCCCUCCUAUCGAUGAUCUGGCCGCUAAUCGGGAGUAAUCUUGAUUGAUUGAUAGCUAUAAUAAAUAUCUAUCCAUCGCCGCGAAAGUCGUGCGCAGGUCCCUCAAGGAACAGCCCCGCCUGGCUGCCGAGCGUCGCGGAGAUAUGCAGCUCAAGUUUGCAAAGUGGGAGGUUUGUUCACGCCCUUAUCCGACUCUCGUUUGCUGGUGGAAUGCUGGCCAUUUGGUUGACUUGUUUGUUCUACAAAAUAUAGGGCGGCAAGCAGGGCGAGGUGAAAAGUUUGGCCAAGGAGUCUGUGGAGCAGUAAAAGGGAACUUUCACCGGAUCACUUUUUCUUUCUUAAUAAAAUAAAAAAUAAAAAUCGAUUCCCACCAUUG